AUGGAGUGUAUCUUCGGUUACCGUGAUUCACGCCCAUCUGUGAAGAACAUUCUUCUUAUGGACUCUGAAGGGAAGCGUGUGGCGGUCAAGUAUUACUCGGAUGAUUGGCCAACAAAUGGUGCAAAGCUAGUUUUUGAAAAAUCUGUGUUCACUAAGACUCUUAAGACAAAUGCAAGGAUUGAAUCGGAGAUAAUGAUGUUCGAAAGCAACGUUGUUGUAUAUAGGUUUAUGCAGGACCUUCACUUCUUUGUGACUGGAAGUGACGAUGAAAACGAACUCAUUUUAGCCACUGUCCUUCAGGGAUUCUUUGAUGCAGUUGCCCUUCUCUUGAGGAACAAUGUUGAUAAAAGGGAGGCACUGGAGAACCUAGAUCUCAUACUUCUGUGCUUUGAUGAGAUUGUUGAUGGAGGGAUGAUACUUGAAACAGAUCCAACUAUUAUCGCAGGAAAGGUGGCAACUCAUACCAUGGAUGCUGAUGCACCAUUGGCUGAGCAGACUAUAACUCAAGCAUGGGCUGUUGCAAGAGAACAUUUAACCAGAACCCUUCUCAAAUGA